AUGCAAUCAGUGUAUCCCCACAAGACAACUCUACAUAUAGAGCCCAGCUACUACGACAAUGGCGUUCCAGUGUUCCAACCUACAAUGCACGAAUUCCGAGACUUUUACAACUUCAACAAGGCAAUCAACAAAUACGGAAUGCAGUCGGGCAUAGUAAAGGUGAUUCCACCUACUCAAUGGGUUCUGCGAGUGCAGAAAUGCUACACCGAGAGUAAUCUAGAACAAGUGUCUAUCCAGAACCCCAUAGUGCAGAGCAUCAACACAAAUGCACCAGGGAUAUACCAACUGCAGAACAUCGAGCGAUAUAAAAAGUAUUCGAUAUUCCAAUGGAAGGAGAUGGCCAAGACACGCAAGCCACCACGACGGAAACAGAGAGGUAAAUCAGAAACAGAGACCCACUCAAAAGAUAUUCCAUUCUACAACAUUAACACUAGUCAGUAUACCGACGAUCGGUGCAAAGAGCUCGAGACCAACUAUUGGAGGUCGCUCUCGUACUCCGAGCCAAUGUACGGAGCAGACACCAUGGGUUCUGUGUUUGACAAGUCGAUAACGGCGUGGAAUGUGGCACACCUACCGAACUUGCUCGAUCUAAUGGAGGAGAAACUACCAGGGGUGAACCAGGCAUAUUUGUACGCGGGGUUGUGGAAGGCAUCGUUUGCAUGGCAUUUGGAAGACCAGGACUUGUAUCUGAUAAAUUACUUGCACUUUGGAGCACCAAAACAAUGGUACCUGAUACCACAGAGCCAGCACGAAGAGUUCUACGCAUUGAUGGUUGAUUUAUUCCGCGAUGAGUUCAAACAGUGCAGUGAGUUCCUCCGACACAAGACAUUUAUGGUGUCGCCCGCGUACCUUGAAAAACACGGCAUUAGAGUGAACCACACGAUACACCGAGAGGGUGAGUUUAUUAUCACAUACCCAUACGGAUACCAUGCGGGGUUCAACUACGACUACAACUUGGCAGAGUCGGUGAACUUUGCGUUGGACGACUGGUUUGAGUUUGGGAAACGCACAAAAAAGUGUGAGUGCAUUAGUGAUUCUGUUGGGAUAAAUAUCAAGCAUUUAUGGGAAAAGUAUUACGGUACGAAGUACGAGGCAGUGAAAGAGGAAGAUGGUCGGGAUGGCGGACUUGAAGCUGACUCUGAUGGUUCGAUAGAAGUGGUCAAGGUAGAGAAGAUCCAACGCAAGUGUCGCAAGAGAAAACAAGACAAUGUCCACAUUACAAAUACACAUGAGAGUGUGUCCACCAAGAGACCACACAAACAACCAGACAUCCCUCGUGAAUGUGCUCUUUGUCCCAACACACUUCAACACACAAAAUACUCCCAUUCCGCUUUAUUCGAGUUGCUACAAGCUGAUACGUAUGGCACAACACCUGAGAGGCCCCGUCGAGUGCACAAGAUAUGUGCUAGUAUGUUCCCUCAUCAACUUAAGUGCGACUUUAAAACUAACACAGUACACGGACUAGACGAUAUUACCAAGAACCAGAAGAAACUACGCUGUGGUGUUUGUCGUCAGAGUGAGAUGGGAGCAUGUUUCCAAUGCAGUUAUAAGAAAUGCACUCGAGCAUUCCAUGGAACUUGUGGGUUGGUUGAUGGAGUUCAGUAUGAUUUUGAUUCUGGAGAAGCAUUCUGUAAAUUCCACCGCCAGGGCCCCACAUCAGCAGAGUUCAAAGUUGGAAUGUAUGUGCAGUUUUUGUUCAACCACGGAGUAUAUUUUGGACAAUUAGUCAAUUUGGGAGAUGGGGAUGUUGAGGUUGAGGUGUAUCCUUCUGCUCAAGAUGUCAUUGAAAUACCAACGACAAGCAUAAUUAAUGUUGUAUAA